AUGAACAAAAAUGGAACAGCUAAAAUGAAUGAUAAUCAAAUAAGAGCCGAAGGUAGAAGGUUAUUUAAACGCUUCUAUAACAUUCCUGAUGGUGUUAAUCCUAAAACUCGUAGAAGUUAUUUAAAUGAAGCCAUAGAUGCAUAUGAAGGAUUUGACAUUUCAUCAGAAAGUGAGAGGUUAGCAAGAAUGUUAAACGUUAAUAUUGAUUUUUAUUAUUGUGACCCUCAACCAGAAGACGUAGACAUUAACAAGGUAGACUUUCCAUUAGUGGAUUCAAUAAUGAUAGAUCCAGAAUUUGAAACAGUAAAUAUUUUAUUAACACAGAGUCCAUGUGGAAAACUUCACGCUGACAGAAUAACAGACGUUGAAGCACUCACAGGAUAUAAAGUUUGCCCCUUUUGCAAAGAAGAAGUAUAUUCUAUCCGUGAUGAUCCAGAAAGGAAAAACCAAAGAAGAUUUUUAAAACAUUGUGAGAAAUGUAAAGAAAAUAAUGGAAGAUUAAUUCAAGACGUUCAAUUGCAAAACACACAACAACCAUAUGCACCACAUAUCACGAAACAGAAGAUAUAUCAAUGGCUAUUAGCACAUAAUUUGCAGGAAUAUUAUAAACCAACAAGAUAUUAUAUUACUUUUGACUUCGAAACAUUAGAGACUAAAGAAGAAUUACAACUUUCUGAGUGUGCAACUUUGAACGCUUACUUAAAACCAUUCAUGGUAUCAUCAACGGUUAAAUUAAACGAUAAAACAUAUACGAGGAAUUUUUGCUUAACAUCAAGUGAUUCUUUUAUUUCUGAUUGGAUUGAGUUUUUAUUUUCAACCUGUUCAUUAGUUGCUAAAUCAAAUAUUGAACAAUAUGAAGAAUUAAUGAAGUCCCAUACAUUAAAUGAGAAACAGAAGGAAGCAUUUAAAGAGCUUUUAGAUGAAGAAUUUAAUAAAGUGAAUAUCAUUGGUUUUAAUUCAGGAAAGUUUGAUUUAAAUUUAAUUCUUCGUGAUUUAAAUACUGCAAAAUGGAAGAUAAAAUCAAUGCUGGGUUCUUCUUCUCAAUUUAAGCAAAUCAUUGUAAAGAAAACAAACGUUCCAUAUGAAUUGAGAUUUAUUGACAUCAGAAAUUAUAUAGCGGGUGGAACAUUAGACCAAUUCACUCAAGAUUUCGGAAACAAUAAAUCACGUGUUAAAUCCUUUUUCCCUUAUCAAUUCAUCACAUGGGAGAAUUACGAAGAUGAAUUAUAUAAAAAGGAACCAUUCACUCAAGAUUCAUUUUAUUCAGCAUUAACACAAGAAACAAUAUCCGAUUCAGAUUAUCAAA